AUGGCAUCCGCGAAACUCGCAACCCUCAUUAUCAGGACGCUGGCCAAACCCAUCUCCACUCGAAUCAAGGAACAGGCGCGGCAGCAUGAGCGAUUCCGCGGGCUGUGCGUCAACCUCGCGCAGUUCAUGUACCGCUCCGAGGUGAAGCUGCGUACCAAUAUCCUCGGCGAGCCAGCUAAACACAUUCGCCCACUCUCCGAAGCAAAAGCCAUCGACAACGGCGCAAAUGCGCUGGCAGAAGGAUUCCUCUUUACUGUUGCUGCGGCGCUCAUCAUCGGAGAAACGUGGCGCUCGUCGCGUAAUCAAAGCAAGCGGCGCGAUACCGUCGACGACCAACUCGAGGAUCUGGGUGCGCGCAUUGCGGGGCUGAACACGCGAAUUGAAGAGAUGGCGCAGAAGUGGGAGGAGGAGCGGAGUGCGGAGACACAAAGAAACGACGAGCUCGCGCGUAUACUUGAACGCGUCGUUGAGAUCGGCCUGCGCGGCGGCUGGGUAGAGUUCAAGGACACACCCGUCCAGCUGCCCCGCGUCCAGCUCGCCCCGCCCGCGCUCGUGCAGCUGCGGGGUGGGGCGGGACUGCUACCUUCUUCCUCAUCCUCAUCACAGUCCGCAGACACUGACGCGUUCCCAACCCCCGUCGCGCACACGGGCCCCACGUCUGUGUUUGUCUCCGCGUCGCUGCCUGAGCCGCUGCCUUCUUCCUCUCCCAAUACGUCCUCGUCUCAUCCCCCAUCUAAUUCCACAUCCCGGGAACCGGAUUCAACGCCGAAAGUGGUACCGGGGAACGUGCGGGAUUAG